GGGAAUUAAAAUUCAAUUAACAAACACAGAUUUUACUCGAAAACUUCCCUGCUGUUCAACUCCAACUCCACUAUCCUUGAGCUUUUAGAGCACAAUGAAAGCACCGGCGUCAACUUUCUCUAAAGCCCCCGUCAAGUUCAGGAUGCCGACUGCGGACAACUUGGUACCAAUUCGUUUGGACAUCGAAAUCGAUGGGCAGAGAUUCAAAGAUGCUUUUACUUGGAACCCUUCUGAUCCGGAUUCGGAAGUCGCUGUAUUUGCAAAAAGGACGGUGAAAGAUUUGAAGCUGCCUCCAGCAUUCAUAACACAGAUUGCUUCAUCCAUUCAAUCGCAGCUUGCAGAAUUUCGAUCAUUUGAAGGACAAGAUAUGUACACUGGCGAGAAGAUUGUUCCUAUUAAGCUUGAUCUUCGAGUUAAUCAUACACUUAUAAAGGACCAAUUUUUGUGGGAUUUGAACAACUUUGAGAGUGAUCCGGAAGAGUUUGCUAGAACCUUCUGCAGAGAUCUGGGCAUUGAGGACCCUGAAGUUGGACCGGCAGUUGCCUUUGCAAUUAGAGAGCAGCUUUUUGAGGUUGCAACUCAAAGUGUAGCUUCAGCAAGAGAAAGCAGACUAAGCAAGAAGGGUCGACGGGGGUUUGAAUAUGUUCCAGCCAGUAAAGCAGGUGGUGCUGUACUGGACCUGGUGAAGCUAUUUGGUCAUAAAUCUAGUGUUGUUCGGAAAAGAAAGGAGUGGGAAGUAUACGAACCCAUUGUUGAUCAUCUAUCUAAUGAGGAAGUGGAUGCCCUUGAAGCAAGAGAAGAGAGGAAUUUCCGGUAAAUCAACCCUGAUGGUGGGAAUAGAUGUAGAUUUUAAGCUCCUUCGAGUUGACUAAGAUUUGUCAAUAUCAUGAAAAUCCUUUUGCAUUGUUUACAGACUUUUGCAAGUUCUAGGAAGUUGUAAGUCACGGGAUUGCACAUUGAAUGUUGUAUCACUUGGAGUUUAGUUUCUCCCUCAACUUUCUGUAGACACGUGAUUUAUAAUCUUUUGUAAAUUGCAUCUGGUGUAACUCAUGGAUUUUAACUUUUGAAUCAGUGAUAAGUUUCCAGUAGAGCUGCCGA